GAGCACAAUGUACACACUGCUUUCCGGGCUUUACAAGUAUAUGUUCCGGCGGGAUGAGUACUGCAUCUUAAUCCUGGGACUGGACAAUGCUGGAAAAACGACCUUCCUGGAACAGACUAAAACAAGAUUCAACAAGAACUACAAAGGAAUGAGUUUUUCCAAAAUCACAACCACUGUCGGCUUGAACAAUCUCCUAGUUGGCACUAUAGAUGUGGGAAAAGCCCGGCUGAUGUUUUGGGACCUUGGAGGACAGGAAGAGCUUCAGUCUCUUUGGGACAAGUAUUAUGCAGAGUCCCAUGGUGUCAUUUACAUUAUUGACUCCACAGAUGAGGAACGACUCUCAGAAUCCAAGCAAGCUUUUGAAAAGAUGGUAACCAAUGAAAUUCUGGAAGGGGUCCCUUUGUUGGUUCUCGCUAACAAACAAGACAUAGAGAACUGCCUGUCGAUCCCUGACAUCAAGACAGCCUUCAGUGACUGCAUCAACAAAAUUGGGAAGAGGGACUGCUUGACCCAAGGAUGCUCGGCGCUCACCGGCAAAGGAGUAAACGAAGGGAUCGAGUGGAUGGUGAAGUGUGUGGUGAGGAAUAUUCACCGUCCCCCGAGGCAGAAGGACAUCACAUAGAGAACCACCAAGGAUCUCAGCGCCAGACUCUUUUCUCCUGCACAGAGACCCCUUUCCUUUCUCUUCCCCGCUUUUUCUCCUCCCCAUUCUCUGUCCCUCAAGGAGAUUCUUGGAACCCCUGUAUUAAAGGCACACUUGUCCUCUCUCAGUGUCUUGCAAGAGACCUCAUUAGCAGAGAAGAAUUGGGACAGGAUCCUUUCUUUCAUGAUCGCUCCCCCACUUCUGAGCAUGGAGAGAGAUGGAGCGAUUGAUGUUCCAGAAAUGCAUGGGACUCGUUCCUCUUGCAAAACUAUAAACCUGUGGGGUUGAAGACUCUGGGGGCAGUUUAUCAAAUGGAGACAAGGUGUUGGGACAUCGGAACUCCCAUUUUCCAGUUGUCUUCUGGGAUGUUCCACAAUCUGAGUUUGCACUUGUAUGGAAAAGGAGCAAUUGAAAGUGGGGAGUGGACUCUUCUUUUACGGCGAACGUACACCGAUGUACACUUCACAAAUGCUGCAGUUGGAGAGAGAGGGCGCUGCCAGAACACUCUGUCCUCCUCCUUCCACUCAGUUCCUGUAUUUGUGCGCAGGAUUAAAACUGAUUUAUAGUA